AUAAUCAAUACGGCACAACAUUUUGCUCUGUCAUCGGCAAAUAAAACUAAAGUAAAAGUUCCACUAAUUUCGGAACUCAUUCCCAAGGUCUUACUAGUAAACGCCAGUGACGUAACUGUCAAACGGAGCAGGAAAAUAAAUGGGGACCGUCUGAACGUACGAAUGUUAUAGCACUGUACUGGUACAGCAUCAGUUGUUGUUAUGUUUCGGUGCGGUGCGGUGCGGUUGUUAUGAAUUUAGUGCGGUGAACCGAACGAAAAAAUAAGUGACAAUGACGACGUUACUGGUGUCUGCAGCCGAACUAUCCAAUAUUUUCUCGGUUUUGGCUGUGUUAUUAUGUUUUUGUGCCAUGAUCUUAUUCAUCACAAGGAAUAUGAUGGUAUUGAGGGUGCACGGAGACGACUUCGUGUUCCCGUCAUCUCUGCACCAAGUUGCGCCCAGAAUACCUCAAAUGAAUAUGAUGAAAGUGCAUAUUCCAUUCACAUUCAAACUGCUAGAAACAUCGAAAUCUUCGUAUGCUGAUGUCCAGUGCAGCAUGUCGAGCCAAGUGAAUUAUUGCGUGUACGCCUUCUGGGGCGUCAACAUCCGAGAACUUCACAUUUUCUUAUGGAGACCCUGGUCCGAUCUUAGGGACGCCUGCAACAGCGGCGACUUCCUCAAGGGCUACUACCAAUAUUCCGGAAUCCAAUUUCAGAAAUCUCCCCAUUCGGAUCAAACGGUGACGCUGAAACUCCCCGCCGCAUCGUUGGAUCUUGGUACACCACCAAGACUGUGUUACCCCCUGGUUAUAAUCUUGGUGAGGAACAACACCGGUGACAACAUCCAUCCGGACGAAACUGUCGCCCUCAUCAACGUGGUACACAUCAAGGAUUCGGUGUGUACUUUGCCCACCAGCAUCCUGGCGCAGUACCUCAAGCAGGCCAACGGGCAAUUGUCUUGCUUAAAACAAUUGUAUUUGGCCACCGGUAACCCGGGUGGUUACGAAGAAGGUCAGAUACCGCUUGCGGUGGCCGAGCCGGUGGAAGGCGGUCCGGAGCCGGUGACUCGCACCUUGGUCUGUCCGACCAACGAGGACUCCACGCUUUGGAACAGUUCCGGCGAGCAACUGUGCGUGGUCUGUCAGUUUUUCCCGUUGUCCAGGGCUCUGCUGCCCUGCAGACACACAUGCAUAUGCGCGAGCUGCUUCGACAAGCUGGACAGAUGUCCGAUGUGCCGGGGACCCAUCAAGAGUUACUUUUGCAUCCGCGGUGAGGAGUACAUGCCGAUACAGUCGCAGGGCCCCAAAACGGCCUCGUCCCACCACGGUCCCAUCUACAACUGGUUGGACAGCUGGAACGAUAGGCUGACCGAUUUCCUCGGCUUCCAGAGAUAACCGCCCGUCACGUGCGGGAACGCGUAUCUGUUCGUGAUAAUAUAUUCGUUAUAGAAUUAUAUGUUCGUAGAGCGUUGAUUUGACUGCCAGAUGGGAAUUGCCGUUUUGUUGUUUCUUUAAUUUUAAUCUGCUUACACAAUCACAUGUCGUUCAUAACAAUUUAUAGUGGAUGAGUAUACAUAAACAACAAUUUUUUGAUUAAUUUAAUGCAUUUAUUUAUUACCGUAUACAUUUAUUCGCUGCAUUCGUAUUGUAUACACGAGUCGUAUUAAAUUGACACACGUUUUACCGAAAAUGCACUUUAUUUAUUACUGAAAUUAUUUUCAGUUCCUACGUAAAUGUUAUUAAAUUAUUGAUUAUACACUGGAUUAGUCAGUUUUGACCGAAAAUUGGCCACUAAGGGUGUAAUCUUAUUGUUAGGUAUGUAUAUUUGGAAGGCACUAAUUGGAAAUUGCAAGAAUUGUUUUUAUAACCAUUAAACAUUAGUUGGAUUGUGUCUAAAAGUUACUUACUAUUUUGUAUGGUGAUUAUGUAUAAAAAUAGUUAUUAAAAUAGUGCAGUCUAAAGCUAUGAAAAAUUUUAUGGUCCUCUUCUCCUCAUUUAGAAGAAGGCAGUUAUUCAGUAGCUAAAAAUUAAGUUUAUGUUAUGCUAAUUAUGAUAAUUUUUUGCACUUUUUAAGAAGUAUUAUGCUGCCUUAAAAAUCACAGUUUUUUGUGUUCCCAUCUUGAAAGUCAGUAGGAGUCUUCGUAUUUAUUUUUCUUAAUUUUAUGAUUCUCAAUAAAAGUGCAUCACAAGUUAGUUUCUAUUUUAGAUUAGUAAGAUUGCAAAACUUAAUAAGAUACUCAAGUAUAUAGUUAUAUCCACUGUGUACAAAUUUUUGCAUAUUUUUUAAUCUGUAUAUUUAUAGCUGUAUCCACAGGAUGACGUUUGUAUGUCAUAAAUUAUAAAGUGAUGUUUAACUACAGUUUAGGUUGUGAGGUUAAUAUUUGUAAUAUAGUAACAGUAGUUAUUUUUUGUCCAUAGCUUUUAAGAAAUCUUCUGUAUAUUUUCUCUAAUAAUGCAAUAAUGUUUAUACUGUGUAACUAGCGAAUGUCAAUAUUUAAUGUAAAAAUAUUUUACAGUAUAUUUUAGUAUUUAUAUGACUUAAACCUGUGAUAAUAUAUAUGUUUAAAUAAAUAAAAUUAUUUAAUUAA